AUGCAGAGGCCUGGCGGCGGCGUGGCCACACGGGGAAGCCUGAGGUCUGGCCUAGCGAGCAGGAGCAGACCCAGCUGGACAGUGAGGCAGCCGCAAGGAUGGACGCCUUGGGAAGAAGAGAGCUUUGUGCUGUCCUGUUCCACCUCCUCGGAUGCAGACUUUGAUGCUGUAGUUGGAUAUUUAGAGGACAUCACCACGGAUGAUAAGUUCCAGUUAUUACAGAGAAAUUUCGUGGGAAAGUACUACCGGGAAUUUGAAGACAUGGAAGAGAAUAAACUGACCUACACACCUAAUUUUAAGGAAUGUAUUUCUUUGGUAGAAAAGUAUAUUGAAGAACAACUGCUAGAGCAGAUUUCUGGAUUUAAAAUGGAGGCUUUUACAGCAACGUUACAGCACCAUAAGGAUGAAGUGGCUGGUGACAUAUUUGACAUGCUGCUCACAUUUAUGGAUUUUCUGGCUUUUAAAGAAAUGUUUCAGGACUACAGAGCAGAAAAAGAAGGCGGAGAAUUGGAGUUAAUCAGUGGUUUAGUGAUGAUUUCGCUGUGCAAAUCAUCUUCUCUGCCACCUUCCCAGAACAAUCUGCGAUACUUGGUCCCAGCCACUGAAUGGGAUCAUUCUAGAUGUCACUGGCCCAAGAAGCCAAUAGGCUCACCUAAUGAUGACAGAAAAAUACAUCUUGGAAAGACUGACUCAGUCCUGUGUGCAUAUUAUCGAUGGGUCAAAACCAAAAUGACCUAA